ACUAACCAUUAAAAUUGGAUGUAAAGAAGAAAGGUUGAGGAUAGAAUUAACCCAUGCAUGUAAUUCUACCCAGAACACACGCUCCAAAUGCAACGAAGCCUGUGAAAGAUUUCAGCUCCUCACUUUAGUGGAGUGAUGAUGAUGACGAGUUCGCAAAUGCUCCAGGUGGCGCCACUCGCAUCACACGCUUCCUCCUCCUCAUCUUCUUCUUCGUCCCAAACCCUCCCAGUCUGGUUCAACCAUUGCCAUUGCCACCCUUUACGGCCUCAGCUCACUCUCCGCCACCGCCCAAGGCCCACAAUACUACUCGCCGGAAACCCAGAUACGAAGUUGCAGGUUUCAUCGUCUUCGUCGUCAUCUUGGACUACCCAACAAGACCAGGACGAUGAAGAAGAAGAAGAUGAAGUCGAUGACCAAGAAGAAGAAGAAGAAAGUGACCCUACUCCUGACGACCUCGAAUACAUCAGCCAAAUCAAAAGGGUGUUGGAGCUUCUUAAGAAGAACAGAGACAUGAUUUUCAAUGAGGUUAAGCUUACUAUUGCGAUUGAGGACAUAAGAGAAGUUGAGCGGAGGAGACUCCUUGGCAUUGAGGAUCCUGAUGCUCCGACCAGGGAGGAGUUGGCUGCUGUUCUUGAAGAAGUGCAUGAGGGAAAAAUCCCCAAAAAUCGACUUGCACUUAAACUGCUGGCUGAGGAAAUGAGUCGAUGGCCCAAUCUAGAGGUUCAGAUUAAACCAGCAAAGAAAAAGCCAGGAAAAUCACUGUAUGCAAGGGUCACAGACACCGGUAUUGAUCUGAAAGAGGCUGCUAAGAGACUGAACAUUGAUUGGGAUACAGCUGCAGAGAUUGACGAUGCUGAUGUUAAGGAUGAGUCAGAUGUGCCUUCAGUUGUGGGCUACGGAGCACUGUACUUAGUCACACUUUUUCCAGUCAUUAUCGGUGUAUCAGUGGUAUUAAUUUUAUUUUACAAUUCACUCCAGUAGAAAUCUUGUCUAAAUGCCAUAUAUAUUUCAAUUUAAAAAAUAUCUAUGCCUUGCAAUAUAUUGAAUAUAGUGUUAUUGUCAUGUUCCUAUGCUUUUA